AAACAUUUUUUUUUAGAAACAUUAGCCAAGCUAAAACUACAGAAGUCGACAAAUCGCGAAAAAUAAGCAGUGUUACUGGCCUGUAAGAAAAUCAACAGCAGUACGCUAGACGUCAAAAUGGUGCAAGUUGUCAGGCUUUUCUUUCUGUCGUAGUUUCAAAAAUACGAAAAAUAAGUGUAUGGAAUAAGUAAUUUUAUGUAUUUACAUACAACCAAUGUGUUUUUGCUUUAAAAUUUAACAAAAGUAUAGCUUUUCGUGAUGUACUUAGUUGAAAUAACAUAAUUUUUUCAUUCCGAAAUGGCGGAUGACACGAAUCGUCGCGACGCAAUAAAUAUGGCCGCUGAAAUGGUUUAUUUACGUGACACUUAAUGACAAAUCUUUGAUUUUUCGUCUAAAUGAGGACUACGUUUAAAUACAGAUAAAGUUACGUUGGCAGUAUUGGACGCGCUUGAAUGUUGGCAGUAUACGAAAAGGCGGGCUUUUCAAAAUAUCGCUGUAAAAUUUUGCUUCAUUGAAUCCUUUCUCGGUAAACUUUUUUUUAUAAAAUCACUAUGUUAUGUAUAUAAUUAAUGACAAUGUACAAUAAACAGUUAAAAAAAAUCUAUAAAUUGUUUACAAUUACAUAUUAUAUAUUAUAUGUCAUCCAAAUGCUAAAUGUGGUGAAAUUAAUUAUUCUAUUAAUAGCGAUUAAUGUUUCUGAUUAUUAUCUUAAAAAUUAAGUAAUUUCUAACAUAUAAUAACUCAUAAUAUUAAACAAAUAGGUUGUAAAUGCCAGAAAAUAUAAUUUUAAUAUUUUCGUUUUUAAUAGAACAAAAUAUUGCAAUGGCAACUACGUACAAUUUUUUGUUACUAUACUAUACUAUCUCUUAAUGUUUUAAACCAUACUUCAUCUUAAUAAAAAAGAGUCAUAAUUUUACCCUAACAUGAGCAUUUGUAACAGUCAUUAAGGUUAAGAAUCUUGUAAUUUUUAAAUCGUAAAAUUAGUUUUUUUGUGGUUAAUUUCGCACACUGAGUAACUUAAAAAGCUAUUUGAAUCGCAGGACAUCCUGAGGGUAUCCGCUAUCCAUAGCCGAGACUCAGCACUAAAUAGCAGUCCGGUUUGGUUCAAACUUAUUGGAUUUUAAGGGAUGCCGCAAAGCGAAACGUGCUGACUGAGAACCCGGUUGAAAAAUAUUAAAAGGGGAGUAAUGUACUAAUGUAACGUAAAGUACUAAUGGUCUCGUCUAGUCGAACUCCUAGGCUGUAAUAUAUAAAAAAAUGUCAUAUAAACAAGUAUUUUUUUAUUUUCAUUUAAAUUAGAUAGAUGGCGCUGCAACUGAAUAAGUUUCUUUUAGCUUACCGAUUUCUGCAUUAAUUUUUAAUUUUUAUUCUUUAAAUAUAAAAGCAUGAUGUAUCAGUAAAUUUUACCUCGGUAACCCUCGUCGAAUUUUAUAUUAACAAGAAACUCCACGGAUAUUUAAAAGCUCAAUAAAGCUUAUGAAAAAAAAUAAGGGAAAAGGGAAAAUUUGAAAUUCAUAGAUAAAUUGGCACAAACUGCCUUUCGACAUCUAUACUGACUACCAUCAAUAUUACGAAGGUCCUUAUUAUUAUUAUUGAAAGUAAACAGUAGUAAGUCAUUUUGAAAAAGUCGUCUAUGGUAUUAAUGUCUGAAGUCAUCACGACGUAAUUAAUCUUGCUAAUGUUAUUUUCUUUUGCCUACUAUUAGUGAUUAGUAUAAAAUAGAAAACAAUUAUUUUUAAUAUGUAUUGUUCGAUGUUUUUAAAAAGAAAUAUUUUACGUUUCGUUCGUAAUUUACUGUGCUUCGUAAUUACAUUAUUUCUAAUAAUUAUAUAUAUGGAACAACGUUAUCACAAGACUUCAUUGUUGGUUGAAAUUCCUGAAUCAGCAUAUAAAUUCAUUUCAUUUGAACAAAGAGACACUCAGCAUUCGGACAUAACAACUUUGAAAAGAUUAAUUAAAAGCUAUAAUGAGGCGGAAAGGAUUCAUAACAACAUAGAUUUUGGACCUGGUUUAAACGACUCUACUGUUAUUGUAAUAUUUGUCCACAAAAUUUCGGUGCAUUUGAAAUAUCUGAUCGCUUCUUUAAGUAAUAUACAAGGAAUUCAAGAUGUUUUAGUGAUUUUCUCACAUGCCUUCUAUGACAUUAAUAUAAAUAAAUUGAUAGAACAAAUUGAUUUUUGUCGUGUAUUGCAAAUAUUUUAUCCCUAUUCGAUUCAACUGUAUCCUAACGUAUUCCCUGGGAAUGACGAGCAGCAAAGACGGGGCAGAAGCGUUCGUCGCGCUUGUUUAGGUUCUUGUAUUGAUAGAAACUCACAAAAAGCUGAAAAGAAGCAUCACUGGUGGUGGACCGCGAAUAUGGUAUUUGAAAAUCUCUCUUCAGUUGAUGUGACUAAUGGCAAUAUUGUAUUUUUUUUGAACGAAGAUCAAUAUUUACUUGAAGAUUUUUUAUACAUGGUUAUUUAUAUGAAAAAAGCGGCUAAGUCUAUGCCGGAAUGCGAAAUGAUCUCGUUAGGAACUAUUGGUUCAAAUAAUAUCGCUGUUGGAAAGGACACAUAUCGCUUGGAAUUAACUACCUGGGAACCGAAAUAUCAUUCGGAUGUUUUAGGUUUUGAUUUGUCUACUUGGAAUACUAUCGUCUCACAUUUCGAUCUAUUCUGCCUAAUAGACGAUUACUCUUGGGCCAGAUCCCUACAGUACAUUUCCUUAAAUCGGCUAGAGGGUAACAAAUUUAAAGUAAUUUCAAGUAAAGUACCGAGAUCUUUUACGACGAAGUGUGGUGCAUACGACCUGACAAAUUGUGGUGAGUUUGAAGGGAUUUAUAAAGCUUUACAUAUACAAAAGCUAUCGAGAAGUAAUAUGUUUCCGCCACUUUUGGAAAUUAAAAAUAACGUUGAAUUGAUUGAUGACAUUGAUAAUACUGUAACGGAAAAUAAUGGUGGUUGGAACGAUAUUCGUGAUAGGGAGUUUUGUAGUAACAUGACAAUAUCAAAAGUCAAAAAACUACUUUUAGAUAUGAAAACACAGUUUAUGUAAAGAUUAAAAAAAUAUUUUGCCGUUUACAGCAAUAUUUAUUUCUCUCACGUUUUCAACU